CAGAAUGGCAGCAAACUCUGUAUUGUCUCCUCUGGCAUUAAAUGAUUACCAGGAUCGAUUGACAGCUGGAGAAAAUGUGCAAGAAAAAGUGUAUGAAUUCAAAAGGCUGCUCUCCUUUCAACAAUGGCCAGAGAGGGCUAAAGCAUCACCAGCACAGUUAGCCAGGGCAGGAUUUUUCUAUACUGGCGCUGGGGAUAAAGUGGAGUGCUACAGUUGUCAUGGGACUCUAGAGAAUUGGAAAAAUGGCGAAAAUCCAUUAGAGAGACACCGGCAGUUUUAUCCGGCAUGUCCCCAUGUGAAAGGUAUUGACAAGGAUAAUAGACCUAUUUCAUCUGAGGGUGUUGAGAGUGAACUUGUGAAUUCUUUACAUGGGAACAGAGAUGCAGUCAGGGACACUGUUAGUUAUGUGCUUAGUGUUGUUAAACAUAGCACCCCAUCACAGGCUAGAGAGCAGCACCGGCUUCCUUCUUCAGCCUUGGUACAAGGAAAUAAUAAUGCAUACCCUGGUAGAGAAUCCACAGAUUUGUCAUCAGUAGAAAACAAUUACCCUUUUUCUGAUUUGGCACAGCAGCAAAAUGUUUCUAGUCAUGGAAAUCAUAUUUUUGCACUCAUGCAAGAUGAAAAUGCACGCAGGGCGAGUUAUCCAGUUGGAUGGUCUGCAAUUUGUCCGAUAUCACCUGAUGAAUUGGCCAAAGCAGGUUUUUUUUGUAUGAACUCUGGAGACCUUGUGCAGUGUGCAUUCUGCAGAGGUGCUGUGAGGAACUGGGAGAUAGGGGAUUCUCCAUUCUUUGAACACAAGAAACAUUUUCCUCUGUGUCAGUUUGUGUUAGACAGACUUGAACAGGAACAGAGGCCGUCAAAUUCUGUACCACAAUCUAAUACUUUUUCAAAUAGCAGUAAUGUACCAGACCUUUUGUUGGAUGAGAGUCCUAUUGUUACUGAGAGACCUAAACACCCAGAACAUGCUGUGGAGCAAAACCGGAUAGCCUCUUUCCAGAAUUGGCCCAUAAACAAGAAGCAAACCCCCAGAGACCUGGCUCAGGCUGGUUUCUAUUAUGCGGGAUUUGGGGACAACGUGAAAUGCUUCUUUUGCAGUGGAGGCUUGAGGAACUGGGAGCCGCAGGACGUACCAUGGAGGGAGCAUGCACGUUGGUUUCCCAAGUGUGGUUUUGUGAAGCAGUGCAAAGGUGUGACCUUCAUACGGGAGGUACAGCGAGAAAGAACAAUGGGCGGGGCCAGCCAAGGUCACUCGUCAAAUGGACAUCCAGUGGAAGCAAGGGAAAUCAAGGCAAGACUUGACACACCUAUGGCCCAGACUGUGGCCAAUAUGGGAUAUUCCAAGGCCAAAUUGCGCCAGGCAAUAGAGCAGAGGCUAAGAACCCACGGAGAUGACUUUCCCAAUCUCCAGGCUUUUGUGGAAGCUGUUCUAGACUUAGAUGAUGGUGAAGAACAGACCAGUGUGGGGAGUAUGAGAGAAACCAGUCAAAUAAGCAGUGUUGUUCAGCCCAGACCAGACAGUAGUCCACAGACCCAAUCUCAACCACAGGGUCAAUGUUUAUCCAACACAAAACAAGCCGACCCGAAGACAGCCAAUUCUGCAAAAGAUAAAAAAGAUGAAAUUUCUGCUUCCAAGGAAUCCGUUGUCGAUGAAAAGGAGCGAUUGAGGCUUGAAAAUGAAGAAAUGAUGAUGCAGCGUAUGUGUAAAAAGUGCUCUGUGAAUGAGGCCAGCAUUGUAUUGUUGCCGUGUGCGCACCUUGCUAGCUGUGCCACUUGUGCAGCUGGUUUGACCAGGUGUCCUGUGUGUGAUGUGAAAAUUCAAGGAACUGUGAAAGCAUACUUGCCGUGAAAUGUUUGCAUGUUUUUUGCUUUACCAUGCAUCUAUCACUGAAGGCUCCAGAGGAAUUAUGGAUAUGGUGCCAAAGACACCAUCACUCUUAAAUGUUCUUAAUUUUGUAAGCGAUGCCGCAUAAAAUCCUGAUGGACUCCCUGCCUCCCACGUGCCCUCCCUGCCUCCCACGUGCCCUCCAUGCAGGGGCACGGCAAUUAAAGCGGCAUUAGAAAGAAUCAAGCCCUGAUCGAAGUGGAGCCAUUGUUUUAUUGCUGUGCCCCUGCCGCAGAAAGGCUGUCACUUCGAAGGGGGUCGGCCAUAUUUGAUCCCUAGAUUUAGUGGCGCACCAACUUGUUCUAAAAAUGCCUUUAUUUUACUUAAGUGUGUAAGUGAUUUUUGU